CAGGCACGCGGAGCCGUCAAAAACUUUACGUGCCACUGUCAAUUUGUUUGUGUUGCCCGUGUUCGAGGACUAACAUAUUGAACUACAACGGCUAUUUUAGGCUGCCUUCCCAUAUACUUAUUUCGCAAGUGCCGGCAGGAUUGUGACGAUUUAACAAAAAGCAUCUCCGUCGAGUUUCGUGCCUGUUGCAUCUUUAAAUAACGGUGGCGAUGAAAAUGAUCGAGCAAUUUGCAAAACUAGUCUGCCAGGCGAUGCCAAUAUUAACGACAUGAACCUUACAAUUCCAGUUAUAACAAACGUAGCCUAACAAAGAAUUUUACUCUUGGUCUAAGUCAACAUCAUGAACUUAAAAGUCAUCCCCCUUCUCCUAACCUGGAAUUUUAUUUUUAUAUCAGCGACACGAGAUUCUUUCGAAGACGAGGAAACGGCUAGAGCGCGAGAAAUACGCAAUAGAGAGAACAACCGCAACAGAACCACCUUUAAUGGAACCCUCACGGAUCUGCCCGAAAGGCGAAACUUGAGGCAUAGAAAUAGUUCAAAAUUCCGGGGCCACAGGCGCAGGGCCUGGGACCGCGAGUAUAAUGUUAGGAGAGACAGAAGGAAAGGGCCAGAUGCGCACUCCUCCGAUGAGGCAGCAUCCAACAAAACCACCGACCUUUUUCAGAAAAAAGAUGAAAAGCCGCGUAAAAGCGACAAGCAAUUGAAUAAAAACAAUAAUAUGGAUAAAUCUUUUGGAGGAAAGAAGCCUCUUAGCCAAAGUAAAAUGCAAGAGAGGAAUCAUCAAGUACCGCUUAAAGACAACAGCACGCGAGCCAAGGGGAGGGUGAGCAACAAGUGGCAGAGCGGCGGGUACAUUCCGUUCCCGCAGCCGCGGGAACGAAAGCCCAACAUCAUCAUGGUGCUGACGGACGACCAGGACGUGGAGCUGGGCAGUCUAAACUUCAUGCCGCGGACUAUGAAGGCCAUCAGGAGUGCGGGGGCCGAGUUCCGCCAUGCCUACACCACUACGCCCAUGUGCUGCCCCUCCAGGAGCUCGCUGCUGACCGGCGUGUACGUGCACAACCACGACGUGUACACCAACAACGACAACUGCUCGUCGCCCAUGUGGCAGGCCAAACACGAGACCAAGACCUUUGCCACCUACCUCUCCAACGCGGGCUAUCGCACGGGCUACUUCGGCAAGUAUCUGAACAAGUACAAUGGGUCGUACAUCCCGCCCGGCUGGCGCGAGUGGGGCGGCCUCAUCAUGAACUCCAAAUACUACAACUACAGCAUCAACAUGAAUGGCAAAAGGAUCAAACAUGGAGAUGACUACCAAAAGGAUUACUACCCGGACCUGAUCGCUAACGACUCAAUAGCGUUCCUUCGCGCUUCGAAGCGACGUUUCGCGCGCAAGCCGGUUCUGCUCGUCAUGUCGUUCCCGGCGCCCCACGGGCCAGAGGACUCCGCGCCACAAUACUCGCAUCUCUUCUUCAAUGUUACCACUCAUCACACUCCGACUUACGACAUGGCCCCGAACCCGGACAAGCAGUGGAUCCUGCGCGUGACGGAUAAGAUGAAGCCGAUCCACCGCCAGUUCACCGACCUGCUCAUGACCAAGCGGCUGCAGACGCUGCAGAGCGUGGACACGGCCGUUGAACGAGUUUAUCAAGAGCUGAAAGCACUGGGUGAACUAGACAACACGUACCUGGUGUACACUUCGGACCACGGCUACCACCUCGGGCAGUUCGGCCUGGUGAAGGGCAAGAGCUUCCCCUUCGAGUUCGACAUCCGCGUGCCCUUCCUCGUCAGGGGUCCUGGCGUCGAGCCUGGCACAGUUGUGGAUGACAUCGUACUGAACAUCGACUUGGCGCCGACGUUCUUGGACAUGGGCGGCGUGGUGCCGCCCGCGCACAUGGACGGCCGCUCGCUUCUGCCGCUGCUGCAGCCGCGGCGCCGCCGCCAGCCAAGCGCGCACUGGCCGGACACCUUCCUUGUCGAGAGCUCGGGUCGUCGAGACAUGCAGCACUCGUCGAGCAAGUACAGCCGCGAGCUGAGCCCGGGCAGCAGCACCGGCGCGCCCUCGGCCGAGAGCAGCGACUUUGAUGACACCGCCGACGAUGACUUCCUCGAGCCUAAUGACGACGAAGACGAAGAUGAAGACGACGAUGUGGAUGCGGACCAUAAUGAGUCCAAAGCGUCGGUGGAACCACCAAUAUCCAACGAGAGUCAUAACCCUAUUCUGGAUGACAGCUUGGAAAAACUUGAAUCAGACGAGGCCAGUUUGGAUGCCCAAGAUAUUUUCUUUACACUCCCCGAUAAAAAAUCUAUUGUGCAAGGGACAGAAAAUGGCAUAGCGGGUGGAAAGGCGGGCACUGCGGGCAGGCUCGCCGACGACUGCUCGCAGGCGGAGGCGCGGCUGCCGUGCGCGCCGGGCCGCAAGUGGCGCUGCGUGCUCGUCGCCGGUCGCUGGCGGCGCCACAAGUGCAAGUACGAGGGCGAUAUUGGCGUGGCGCCCCCGAAGAUGAGUACCAAGAAGUGUGCGUGCUUCACGCCAAGCGGGUUGGUUUACACGAGGCUGGAGACGGACGGGACCAUCGCGCGACGUCCAAUCGCAGCGCUCAAAGACAAUACCACGAGAAGCCGUAGAUCUAUCGAUAACGAUGUCUUUGAGCCCAAUACAGUGGAUAGCAUUCUAAAGGAAAAUCCGAGUAUUGGACAUUUAAGUUCCAAAAAUGAACCUAUCAGUGAAAUCGAGAAUAGGAACUUGACUGACACAAUUGAUAAGCUGAUAGAGGAGACUGAGGCCUUCCUAGAGGCUUAUGAACGUACCAAAGAUAAUAUAGGUAAGACUAGAAUAAAGCGACGGGCUCAGAAUUGGAACAAACAUAAACAACGCAAUGACGCUAUCGUCAAUAGUAAUGAAUCAUCAUUAGAAUGUAAAAUUGAAAGAGACGGACAAGUGAACUGUUCUCAAGUUAUUUAUAAGGAUUUAAAAGCAUGGCAUACUAAUAGAUUAAGUUUGGAAGAUCAAAUAAGGCAGCUGAAAACUAAACUAGAAGAUUUAAAGGAAAUCAAGAGACAUUUAAAGACAACUAAACCUGGCGUUAGUACAAAUAUACAUCAGACAAACCCCAUACACGCGUCCUCGUUUACAGAUCAGAUACCGACUAAAAGUGAUGUGCCGACUCAAAAUAAUUCUAAAGAAUUUUUUAGAAAAGGAAGAUUGCAUCGCAUUAAAUCAAAACACAAGAACGGAACACAUUUCGAUAAAAAGUUCAGCCAGUCAAACGAGUAUCUCAUUCCUACUAUAAACGGUAAUACCAAAGAUGUUGUGUUGGACACACAAUUCAAGAAUGUUAGUGUAGCCGAGGUACCUUCGACUGGUCAGAGUAAUUCCACAAACGAAGAUAAUGUUACUAAAAAUACCCUUAUAGUAGUUAGUGAACUGUCAAAGGCCGAAGUUACUACUAUGUCAGACGGAAACUACUUCGGUAGGACUGAUUCCCCGCUAGUGGAAAAAGAGACACAGAAUGCCAAUACCACCGAUAUUACAACGUCUAAUACAGAACAGAGUAUUUCAGAAAUAACCCAAACAUUUGAAUCUGCUAGUCCGAAACAGGUAGCACAUGUGGACCAGCACACCGAACAUUCUCCUGUAGAUUUUACGCAAGGACUAUCCAACUUUAAUUCCGCUAUCGACGAUAUUUUAUCUUCCCAACUUCCGGGUGCAGUCAACAGUGAGAUAUCAUCAUCGCCGGGUUCGUCGACAACUACAUUGGGCAGCACGACUCCGGCCGCGACGAACUUGGGGCCGGCAAGGCUCGACGCCUCGGAGUAUGAACAACGGAACCCGAAUAGGGGUGUUUCAAGUAACACUGGAAUCUUUAGUAAUCCGAAAGACGAUUUUCAGAGACGACUUCACCCUUUAUUCAUAGAAAAUGAAGAUAAACACGUUUGUUACUGCGAGGAGAACAGAAAGAUGCGAGGCCUCGGACAUAGCUAUUUGGAGGCAGUCCAUCGUGCUAGGGAAGAACGUAGAAAAUUAAAAGAACAAAGACUGAGGAAGAAGCUAAGAAAGGCUAAAAAGAAGGCAGAGCUGGAAAGGUUAUGCGAGUCAGAGAGAAUGAACUGCUUCCGGCACGACAAUGAGCACUGGCGCACGGCGCCGCUGUGGACCGCCGGGCCCUUCUGCUUCUGCAUGAGCGCGUCCAACAACACCUACAACUGCGUCAGAACUAUCAACGCGACGCACAACCUGCUCUACUGCGAGUUUGUCACCGGCCUAAUUACCUACUAUAAUCUCCGAAUUGAUCCCUUCGAAACUCAGAACAGAGUGAAAUACUUGACCGCUAUGGAGAGAGAAUACUUACACAGUCAACUACAACAGCUUCUCAGCUGCCGCGGGCCUUCAUGUCGCAGACACUCGUACUCGAAUCCGCAGGGCCUGACAGAAGACAGAAGGCGUUUCGAAGAUAAUCACAUGUUUCGAGGUGACUCCACCCCGUAUAAUGAAAGAGCGUGGCGCUGGAGUGGCUACGGACGGCGGUACGCGAGGGCGCGAGCACUGCAUCGGCGUCGACACACGCUGCCCUACUGACUCCUGUCCCACAAUUGCCACUCGUAACCAAAAUCGUGAUAUUAACUUUGGGUAAUUUGUCUUCUGUAAAACACCGUUUCAAACUCAAACAGUACGAUGAACAUCAUUGGCGUCAUAAACUAGGCUGCCAAUUAUCUUCAUAAACACUAAUAUUCGACAUGCAUAGUGACAUAGUGUCGUUUAUAAUUUGUGAAAGUGUUUAUUUUUAACUAGGUAGUACAGAUCGUACACCUUGUAUGUAACAUGUUUGUUAAACAAAUAAAAUUUAAGUAAUUUAUGUAAUGCAUGAGCGCUGCAUGAAGGGUUAAAAAGUUUGCUAUGUUUAAUACUGUUUUUAUAUUAUUUUCAAGCUGGUAACAGUCGGUCUUUGUUUUAUUUUAUAUUAUAAUGUAACAACGAGCCAAUAUUUGCAUUGAAUAGUUCUCGCGAGAUAUGAAUUAUCUCAGAUGUUUUUUUCGGGUUUUUGUUUUCCGUUUAAAACGCAAAUUUACCAUUAUAUUUAUAAGUAUGGUUCAAAUUCAUAAAACAGCCCAUUCAGAGAUGUUUUGUUAUCUGAUCUCCAAAGAAAAAUCCACCCUGAUUGUUCUCUGAAUGAGUUGUCACAUAAAUUUGAACCUCAAUACUAUCACGAUAGUUGCUUUUUAAACGACAUGGCUGCUUUUGGCAUGUGUUGAAGACCGCUCUUAAAAAAAAACAAAGGCUUUUGUUUAACAGAUUAGGGCCCGAGCCUGAAAAAAAUCAUCUAAGAAAAUGUAUACUAUACAUCAUACAUGGUAUAUUAAGGGAAAUUCAAAAUUAGAUUGCAACAGUUAGCAAUGGAUUUACUUGUAUGAAACAAAUGGUAAUCGCUCAAGACUAAGUUCUAUAUAAGAUAAAUAAAGUAUUCCUUUGUUUCUGACAAAGGACAUUGCUAAUGAGGUUCGGCAAACUUUAUCAUUAUCACCAAACAAUAUUUUUCUAAACAUAACACAAUCUCUUCUGCCAAAUAUUCCCAUUACCCGGUGCAGCUAUAGAUAGACGGAGAUAAAAGGAGUCAGUUAUUUAAGAUUUUUGUAUGUUUUCCAAGAGCUGGCAGCAAAAAUCUCAUGUCAUAUCAUAACUUAAAAAAAAGUUAUAUACUCAAUUACUUGUAUCCAGAUAUAUUUGAAAGAGUGAACUGACGUGUGCGAGCGCGUAUUUGAUGAGAUUACUGUGUUGUAAUAUGAUUGUUUUAUUUUUUAUGACUUAUCUGAACUAUCAUGAUGCAUUUGUUUCUGUUAUAGCAGUUAGUUGCUGGAAGCAGCGGCGUUUAGCUUUUAUACAUGACUGUUUAUGUCACAAACAUAUUGAAAAUAAAAGGAUGAACUAUUAUUUAAACAUGUUCACUGUCCUCAUAUACAAAAUGAUAUGACAAAGACACACAUCCAAGAGUGCUUCCACUUUGAAUUUGUGAACCCAGUGGGAGCAUGGACUCCUGAAAGAAAGCUUCAUGACCCCACAAUGAGGGCACCCAAACAGGGAAUGUGAUACAAUUUUCAAACCCUUCUUUACCUAAACACCCCCCCUUUCACCAGCCACAUUGCCUUAGUCAGCCAAGGAUAGUUAGUCCAGAAACAUUCAACCAUUAUAAAAGAUGUGUAAAUGUUAGUGCCAGCUCUCCCUCUGAUAGGAUCUUGAGGUAGCAAUAUAAUUGUGAUGUCACAAUUGCUGCAGCAAUGUAGACACAGUAUUGAGAGGAGCUGCUGGUCCGUCUACUGUCAACUGGGCAAACACGCUUCUCUAAAUGUAAUGUUAUUGAAUCAGUCAGUAUGUGUGGUAGAAAGCAGGGACCGGCCCGCUAUCCCUUAUCGGGGUUUUAUAAGGGUAUUUCAUAAGGCUUAACUCACCAUACCCUUUGCCAGACGAAACCCUUUGUUUUGGUUUUAAAAACCCUUAUAUAAAGCUACCACAUUUGAGUAAUCGGUAGCCCAAAUACCCUUACAAAACCCUUAUCAUCCGCUCACCAACACCUUGCAUAUUGCUUAUAAGGGUUAGCCUUAUAAAGGGCUUCCCUUUUAGCAUAUAAGCGUGCUAAUUUAAGUCUUCUACCUUGUUCAUAAAGCACACAUUACUUCGAAUCCGAGCGAUCGUCGGCGGCAACGGCGGCGUUCUUUGACUAGGCACGUAUUUUCUUUCCUUUUCAUACACUACCGUAGAUAUAUACUAAUCCUGUCUCUUUCACGCAAAGGGAAACCUUUAUAAAAAGCGCUUAAAGAUAAGGGUAACCCUUAUUAAGAGCUAGCCUUAUAUUUGGUUAGCUUUUCAAUAAGGGUUAGUCAAAGGUAAGGGUAUGAAUGGGCUUGCAGUUUAAAAGGGAAAGUCUUUCAAUGUGUUAGCCGUGUUUAAGUGUCGCCCAUUGAAAGGGUUUUAUCGCGGAAAGGGUUGUCCGGUCCCUGGUAGAAAGUAUGCUAUUUAUCUUGUAGAGAUAUUUAAGUGAUAAUAUACUGUUGCCAUUGUGAUGAAAUGUGUAUUGGUUUUUGUAAUAAAAUAUUAUAAAUGA